GAGACGCUUAUUUUUCUGAGGACUCUGAGUCUUCUGAGGCAGCAUGUCAGAGAACGUGGGCACAUUCCGUGUGGUCCCUGAAGAGGAACAGGAGCUCCGUGCCCAGCUGGAGCGGCUUACAACCAAGGACCAUGGACCUGUCUUUGGCCCAUGCAGCCAGCUUCCCCGCCACACCUUACAGAAGGCCAAGGACGAGCUAAACGAGAGGGAGGAGACCCGAGAGGAGGUGGUGCGAGAGCUGCAGGAGCUGGUGCAGGCCGAGGCGGCGUCUGGGCAGGAGCUAGCCCGGGCGGUGGCCGAGAGGGUGCAGGGAAGGGACAGCGCCUUCUUCUUGCGCUUUAUCCGCGCGCGGAAGUUCGACGUGGGGCGCGCCUACGAGCUGCUCAGAGGCUACGUGAACUUCCGGCUGCAGUACCCCGAGCUCUUCGACAGCCUGUCCCCGGAGGCCGUCCGCUGCACCGUGGAGGCCGGCUACCCUGGUGUCCUCUCCACUCGGGACAAGUAUGGCCGCGUGGUCAUGCUCUUCAACAUCGAGAACUGGGACGCCGAAGAAAUCACCUUCGACGAGAUCUUGCAGGCAUAUUGUUUCAUCCUGGAGAAGCUACUAGAGAACGAGGAAACUCAGAUUAAUGGUUUCUGCAUCAUCGAGAACUUCAAGGGCUUUACCAUGCAGCAGGCUGCCGGACUUCGGGCUUCUGAUCUCAGGAAGAUGGUGGACAUGCUCCAGGAUUCCUUCCCGGCCCGGUUCAAAGCCAUCCACUUCAUUCACCAGCCGUGGUACUUCACCACGACCUACAACAUGGUCAAGCCUUUUCUGAAAACCAAGCUGCUCCAACGGGUCUAUGUCCACGGAGAUGACCUCUCUGGCUUCUUCCAGGAGAUCGAUGAGGACAUCCUGCCCGCUGAUUUUGGGGGCACACUGCCCAAGUAUGAUGGCAAGGUCGUUGCUGAGAAGCUCUUUGGCCCCCGGGGCCAAGCAGAGAACACCGCUUUCUGAGGACGGCUCCUGCCACCCAACCAUAGUUAGCAUCCCCAGGCUCUCCUCAGCUGUCCUGGACCCAGAAGUUUGGGAAAAGGGCUGCCCGAGGUGGCUGUGGUUCCCCUGAACCUCCCUAAGUUUGGAUGAGUUUAGGUGUCACUGUCCUCUCAAGUUGGGGGUCAAUAAAGCAGGGGCAAUUCCCUUGAA